UAUGCUGCCGCAGAUGGCGGACCGCAGGCUUGCGCCUCCUGUGCCCGCACAUUCCCGCUCACUCUGACACACACGCACGCACACGAACCGACAGUGGCUGUUCUCGCUUCCUGGUCUCCGGAAUCAGAGAAGCUUUUGGAUUUAUCAGCCGGUGUUCUCUCGUUCAGGCGGCGGUGUGUGAGGAGCUGCGGAGAUAACUGGUGGUAAUAUGAGACCUGUUAGAGGGAGAUGUCAGUCCCUUCCAACUUGCACCCAAUCUAUAAUGAUGGGGAUUUAAACACGAGUCUUCACCUCUCCUCCCAGGGACAGUCCUCUGCAGCCAUUCUCUGAUCACAGGCCUGGCAUCUUUCAUCCAUUCAUCCCUCUCUCCAUUCAUUUUUGCCCUGUCAUGAAAGGCCUGUCCAGUAGUCGGAGUCACCAUCAUAUGGUCUCCUAUGAGCCGUCAUACAAUCCAUUGGGUCACCAUGUUGACCGUAAGCCAUAUUUGUUCGGCCAGAUGGAUAUGCCGUUGCCUAUUCCUAUGCCACACCCAUCUGAGUUGCCCUAUUACAAUGCUCAGCGUGUUUCAUAUCCUUCUGAAAGCAACAGCAUUGUCCCAUAUGGAACCUUCCCACGGAGGUGUCACUCCACCUCCUCAGCUCACCAUCCUGAGGUAAAGGAUGAGUGUAUGGCCAUGGUGCCAUAUGUAGGUGGAGGAGGAAGAGGAGGAGGAGGGGGAGGAGGCUAUGGGGGUAAAUCUCAGUCUUGGGUACCAGUAAAUUUUACGGACCCGUAUGAGCAACAGCCGAUAUUUUCCAGAGAUGGCUACCACACACUGCAGUACAAACGAGGAGUGUUGUCCCACGCUGGGGGCAUAGGAGCCAAUGACAACAAUGACAGUCCUGGGCGAAUUCGCCAUCUGGUCCACUCAGUCCAGAAACUCUUUACAAAGUCACAUUCAUUGGAAGGGCCCCAACACACUCAGUCAUCAAAAGGGCCAACUAAUGGGAGUGUGUAUGGUGGUGGUGGAGGAGGUAGCUGUGGUGGUGGUGCAAGGGCCAGCCCAGAAGGUGCAGCUCCUCCUGGGGCAGUACGCCACCGGAAGCGCAGCAAGAGCCGUGAGCGCUGUCGAUCAGCAGAGCCCAAACAUCGAAGCUACCACCACCACCACCAUCCCCAGCUUCAUGGCUCAGCAUCUGCUCCGGGGUCUGGAUACUGGAGCUCAGAUGACAACCUGGAACGGGAGCUGUGUCUUUACCACCCUCAUCAUCACCAACCUCCACCCUCACCCUCCCUCUCUAUUUCCCCCUCACCUAUUGCUAUGACAACAGGCCAGUGCCCUGGCAACAACCCUGAUAAGUAUCCCCAGACUCCCCUCCCAAAUCUCUCCUCCUCGCAGUCCCAACACUACUUCAUCAUGGACCCCUAUGGGACAGUUAACGAGCAUGCACACACCCAUGCACGCCACGGCCACACUCACCACCACUCUGCACUCAAAGCCUCUCGGAGCAACAGCGAUGUGAAAUAUACAGCUUCAUCUGCAUGUAUGCCAGUUAGUGGUAACAGCAAUAAGAGCGAUGGCUGUAUCGGUGGAGGAAGUGGCCCCUUGCUGCCACUGGGUCUUGUGGACGGGCCUAUUGAGAAGAAAGGGGCAUGGUCAUCAAGCCUAACGGUGAGCAGGGCCCAAGAGGUCUACACCAACACCAGCAGCCACAACCAGCUACGAACCAGCGCAGGAUCCGGUAACCUAAACCUAGAUAGAGCUCUAGUCAAAUCUAAGGGCAGUCAGCAGCAGGACCCUUCUUGCCAAUUCUUACAGGUACCUCAAGAUGAGUGGAGUGGUUUUUCUCCUCUGGGGAAAGAGGAUGACAUUCCCUGUCGAAGGAUGAGGAGUGGCAGCUAUGUGAAAGCCAUGGCUGAGGAUGAUAGCGGAGACUCUGAUGGAAGUCCCAAACCUUCACCGAAGAUGCAGGCACGUCGCGCCAGCUACCUUAAAGCUACACAGCCAUCACUUACUGAGAUGACCACACUACAAAUUUCCACAGAGCACUCCCCCAAACUGCAGAUCAGGAGUCACAGUUAUUUGCGUGCUGUGAGUGAGGUUUCAAUCAACAGAAGCCUGGAUACACUGGAUCCUAAAACUCUCCUUGACCCCAAAUCACUGCUGUCUUCGCCCCAAUACCGGUCACGCAAUGAAAGCUACAUGAGAGCCAUGAGCACCAUCAGUCAGCUGAGUGAGGUUGAAGUGAAUGGGCAGAUUGAGCAAGUAUGUGAGCAAGUCUAUAGCGAGAUGCAAUCUCAAGCUAUGGAUGCAGGCAUGGAUAGCUUGGAAACUAUGGACACCCUGCCUAUGCCAGGUUGCUUCCGUAUGCGUAGCCCCAGUUAUGUGAGGGCAAUCGACCAAGGGUGUGCCUCAGAGGAUGAAGGACCAGGAGGAAGACCUCUGCUGCUACUUCCAUCCUCACCACCACGCACAACUGCCACAACUGUCAGGACCAUCCAAAGCAGCACAGUAUCGUCUUGCAUUACUACCUAUAAGAAAACCCCUCCACCAGUGCCACCACGAACCUCCACCUGCUCUACAGCGUCCAAGCCAUAUAUCUCUAUCACAGCCCAAAGCAGCACAGAGUCCGCACAGGAUGCCUAUAUGGAAGAUGAAGGGCCCAGAGGAGACAUGACAAUCCAGUCAGGGCUCAGCAACUCAACAGAGAGUAUUGACAGCAUGAAGGCCUUGACAGCUGCCAUAGAAGCUGCUAACGCUCAGGUGCAUGGACCAGCCAGUCAACAUGUCAGCAACAGCACGAUGACAGUCAGCACUGCCAGUUCCCCACAUCUCAGCAGGGGGCAAGUUGUAGAAGAACAUCGGGAUGAAUACAGAAAAGAAGCACUCAGGAAGGGGAAAUGUCUCUCCAUAGGCAUCCAGGUUGAUGGACCAGAAGAGAUUCCAGAUCCAGAAGACCCCUCCAAGUUCACAUCUGUGGGGGUGCAAGUGGAGGAUGAUCGAGGAUAUCGAAGGCUCCAGCGCUCCAACAGUGUGACAGCAGCUGUACAGGCAGAUCUAGACCUGCCAGACCUCCUAGACACUCCCCUAGACUCUCCACACCCUCACAGAGGACGUCUGGCCUCCUGUGGCAUGUCUCGGAAGUAUUCCCGCGAUGCAGCCACCUCCACUGUCAGCAUUCAAGGCUCAGGGAACCAUUACCAUGCCUGCGCCUCAGAUGAUUAUGAUGAUGUUGGUUUUGACCCGUCCAUCCUCCCCCCGCCUGACCCCUGGAUAGAUACUGUUACUGAUGACUCACUUGAUGCAGACUUCAACAGCUCUGCUAUUCUGGAGGUGGUACAACGGUCGGUCUGUCAGAGAGAUGGACGCUGGUUCCUGAAGCUUCUUCAAGCUGAGACCGACCGCAUGGAGGGAUGGUGUCGGCAGAUGGAGCUCGACCAGCGGGAGAACGAGUUGCCUGAAGACAUCCUGGAAAAGAUGAGAACUGCUGUUGGAAGUGCUCAGCUUUUGAUCUCCCAGAAGUUUCAGCAGUUCAGGGAGUUAUGUGAAGAGAACCUGAACCUCAGCAUUCAUCCUCGUCCUGUGGCCUCAGACCUGGCUGGCUUUUGGGAUAUGCUUCAGCUGUCUAUUGAGAACAUCAGCCUCAAGUUUGAUGAGCUUCACCAGCUGAGGGCCAACAACUGGAGACCGCUGGACCCUCCCGAUAGAAAGGAGAGGCGACUUCCACCUCCUGUGUCCAAAAAACCACACAAGGUUGUCCCCCACCACCACCCACCACUUGCCAGAGACCGUUCACUGGAGAGCUCAGAGAAGCAGCGGCAGGAGGCGAGAAAGAGGCUGAUGGCUGCCAAGAGAGCAGCGUCUGUUCGCCAGAACUCAGCAACAGAGAGCGCUGACAGCAUUGAGAUUUACAUUCCUGAAGCUCAGACAAGGUUAUGAAGACAUUAACAUGGACAUAUUAUGGUUGGCAAAAAGUACCCAGGUACACACACCCGACAUAAAACAAAACAUGUAUGAUUGUCCACACCAAGUUACAGUGGGACAAACUAAUGUGAAUAUUUUAGUUAUUGAUUUUUUUCUGUAAUUUUUCCAUCUUCAGUUUUGAUCUCAUCAGUUAUGUGUGUUGAAGUAGCAACAGAAGUUCUACAGGUCCGUUCUUUAACGAGCAAUUUCUCUGUUGUGUGAAUUGUAAUAAAAAGGAACUUUUUUAUAACAAUCUUUUAGAAGUUUACAAUAGGUGUAAACUUCUAUAAGUUCAUUUCCAUUUCCAAAACUUCUAUUUUAAAAUCCAAUACAGGGAUGGGGCUAAAUCAAAUCACCUGUUUUUCUUUACAUGCUGGAUUACGUUGUUGGAACACUUUCCCGUCUGACCUCACAUACCAAACUGCUGACAUAAUUGGCUGCAACCUGCUGUUAGUAAGAAGUGCACAACCUUCCUUAACCCCACUGAAAAUAAAUUACCAGCUUCUGCAGCUCAUGCUGUGAAACACCUACUUCAACAGUUUAAUAUUGUAAUUUGGUAAUAUUUAAAUAAGAACAGUUUGACUUGUUUGGAAAAAUAAUAUUUAAGCACCCUUAAGCUGUUAUCUUAAAAGUUCUAUUCAUGUGGCCCUCUAGGAUCUAGAGGCAGGCUAGAUUUGGCCCCCAGGCCUUGAGUUUGACACAUAUGAUCUAGAAUAAUUUUUUUAAAUGGUAUUAAGUGUUUAAUAAAACAAAUUAGAAGUUUUGCAAUCAAGUAAUGUUGUAAUGUUGCUGAACUUUGACAUGACCAGCAGCAACCUCAGAUCUUAGGGCUGCCCCACAGAGUGCCUGAGUCAUGAUGGGAGCAUCACUUCUUCUGCUUCUCUUCUUACCCUGAUGCGCCCGUCACUCUGGAAAAGGGCAAAUCUGGACUCAUCAGACCUCAUGAACUUCUUCCAUCGCUCUAGAGUCCAAUCUUUAUGCUCCCUUUCAGAUUAAAGGCAUUUUUUCCAGUUUGCCACUGAUCACUGAUAAGUGGUUUUCUUAUGGUUGCUGCUGUUCAUUCUCAAUCACUGGAGUUCUCUUCACAUUGUGUGGAAAUGCCAAUACUUAUCCCAGAGUUUUGCUGUUGUUUUCCUCGAUUUCAUGUCACCAAGCGUUUUGCUGAUCACCAAUUCUGAUCAUUCAGGAUUUUUUUUUUGACUACAUUUGUUCCCCACGUUCCCUACAAUUGUUGAUAAUACCUUGGACAGUUCUCAACUUAAUGGUUUCUGCAUCACUUAGAUGUUUUCUCUGCUUAAUACCAAACAAACUAACACCUUUUCCAUUAACACAAGAUAUGUUUUUUCACAUGGUUUAAGAAAUGAGAGACUAAGCAUUACAUCAGCUGAUAAUUACCCAAUCAGUAAUUGCCCAGUAGGAGGUUUGUACCUAUUUACAGGUUCCCACUUUUUUGGAGCAUUGAUUGAGUUGCUCAGAUUGUGAUACCACAUCUGUGAGAAUAGUGGCAGGAUUGUUCAAUAUGGCAAACUGUAUUGUCUCAUAAAAAUAUUCUAAUAAAAAUGGUAGAGUAGAGUAACUAACCCACUUGAGCUGUCAACAGUCCAUUCUCACAAAAAUACAAAAUAGUUCACAAGGAUUAAUAUUAUGAGUCACUUAAUAGACAACUGGUCUAAUUUUUAAGAUGUAACACACCUCUAGUUAAAGACCUGUAAAAUGCACUCUUAAAGUUGAGUAGUAAAUAGGCAAGGAAACAACUGGCUGUGGGUGAUAAUAUUGCAGACAGCUGCACAAGGUCUCUGAUGUCAUCUAAUGCUCAGUCAGUAGAAUAGCACACUAAUCUUGGGUUUAUGGCCUAACUCACUUUUUUUCUAAGGCUACCUGACCUAACUAAGCAGGACAAAUAAACACCCCCCCACCCCCCGAAAAAGAAGCAAAUGCCGUAAUCUUUAGCCCUUGUCCUUCCCCAUCCAUUUUCUUCUUACAUUUGGGAAGCUAAAACACCUAGGUUCAAUGCUACUUGACACUCGUCUGGCAUUUGCAAUGCAACCAAUUCACGAGCACCAUUCAUUUUCCUUGUUGCUGAUUGACCCAAGGACGGUGAUGAUGAAGACUUUGACUAUUAUUUCCUCCAGUAAUGCCAAGUCGGCUCCGCUGUGUUUAUAAAUACAUGUUAAGACAUAAGGGUUUCUUCUGGUUAUUAAUACAGUCCAAUCCAAAACAACUUUUACUUUUCUGACUGUAUGAACCUCAUCCUCUGUGAAGAGAGCCCAGUCAUGCUGUCUGCUCACUAGCAGACAGACAUUGGAAGCAUUUAGAAAAAAUAGGAUGGAAUCUAAUUGCUUAAUCCAAUAAUUAUUAUGUUACCAAAUCAUAAAAGAUUAUGAAUGGACCAAUUCUAUAAACUAACUGUUUUGGUUUCUCCAUAUUUUUAUGCUAUUUUAUUGUUGCAGCAUAUAUCAUACAAUUCUUCCUUAAUAAGACAUAAACUUUGUCUUUUUUUCCAUCAAACAAGUUCAAGUAUUUUGUUCCAAAGAAACUAGUCCCAGUUGGGUCUAGAAAACCACUGUCAAGAAGCAGUUUGGUUAUAUCCAGCUCACAGCUACGUUAUCAUGUCAGUAAAACAUGUUUGAUGAUAAUCUGUGAGAAACAUGGUACAGACUGACUCCCUGCCCGCCUGUAUAAUGGAGGUAAACUUUCUUUUUAGCAACUUUUAACUCUCCUGCUUCCUAAGCAUCAAAGUGUUAUGUUGCGACACUACUUUGCCAAAGUAUUCAUACCCAUUCCACAUAUUUUCAAUUUUAAAGUCUUGCCACAAAGUUUCCAUUGAGUUUACAGGUCUGGACUUUGUGCCAUUUCAGCACAAACAUAUUCUUGGAUCUAACGAUUCAGUUCUGUUCAGGUUGUAUGUGUAAGACUGAUUCUACUCGAAAGUGAAACUCUGCCCCAUUCUUUCUUUUUUUGCCAACUUCAUCCAUCUUUGCAACAACUCUGAGCAUUUAUCAGGAUUAACAAAAGCAACUCAACAAAGUGAUGCUGUGACCAUGUUUCUUUGUGGGGAUGGACCACAUCUUUGUGGUACCAUGUUGGUGAAAGAUUUUUGUCUGAUCUGACCAGGACACCUUCUUCCAAAUGAUUACUGUGUUCCUUGCAUGGCUUGUGACAUAUGGAUUUUUUAAGCAAUAGCUGUCUUCUUGCCACUCUCCUGUAGAUGUCACAUUAGCAGAAUCCACAUCAAAUUGUUUUUCCCUGUACAGAUUCUUUUACCUAAGAAGCUGGAACUCCUCCAGAAUCAGUUACACACAUGUCCACACUCUGGUUACUCAUUAGGAAACUUCUGAAGGCAAUUUGCACUGAAUUUUAUUUUUGAGGCGUCCAUGUAGAGGGAAAAUAUAAAAUUAUUAGAGUAUGUUCAAAUUGGAUAGGUCACAAUGUAAUAAAAAAAAUGUGCUUAUAACUAAAUCUGAAAAUGUUCAAGAGGUCUGAGUGUGCUUGCAAGGUGCUUUAUGUCAGCCUAGAGUUAUUUUCGCAUUUUAGCAUCAUCAUAACCAUAUUUUUAUUCUAGACACAUGAAAAGGUCCCUAAUAAAGACAUAACACAAACACAUACAACAGAUAAAAAAUAUAGUAGGUUCUAUUCAGUGAACAACACAUAAUAUUGUUCACUGAAUCACAAAUAAAUAAUGCCAGUGGUUCCACAAUCUUGAGGCAAAUCUAACUGUACACAGUGAAGGGUUUACUAAAAUUCAAAUUAUAUUACGUUCAUAUAUAAAAUUUUUAUAAUGUAAGUUGUAAUUCCCCUGUGAACCAGUUUACACUGUGUGAUAAUAAUAAUAAUAAUAAUAAUAAUAAUAGUAAUAAUAAUAAUAAUAAUAAUAAUAAUAAUAAUAAUAAUAAUAAUAAUAAUAAUAUAUAAGCCUCUUGAAUUACUUUUACUUUGUAAGAGUAUUUCAAAUACUACUAGGAACAAUUGUAAUAACUUUGAGGUAACUGUGGAAUUAUAAAUGUUUAAACUGCCUCUAAAUGUGAAUUUCAUUUAUUUGUCAAGGGACAGUGUAAUCCAUAUUAUAUAAUGUAAAUGUGCCGGAGUGAGAAAAUGAGAAUAUUGUGAAAAUGUUGAACAUAUCUUCCAAUGUUGAACUUUUGACAGUAUUUUUCAUUUCUGAGACACUUUAUAUAUAUGCAGUAUUCAUCAAAAUUGCAAAAAAAUAUCUUGAAAUACUUCACUCUGUGUAAUAAAUCUAUGAAACAGAUAGAUUUCACUUUCUGAAAGGAGUGGAAAAAGUAACUUAUUUCACUAUAUCCUAGUAUUUUUUUU